AUGAAGUCUUAUUCACGUAACCAUCUUCGCCCGGCUUUCAACCACCUCGCGAAGGAGGCCAAGUUGGCCGCCUCGCUCGAGUCUGAUAAUCCACCAUCUGCCAAUGAACUCCAGCUGUGGUCAUACCAGCUACCCGCCUUGAGUGCCGGAAACUAUGAAGUAUCCGUCUCUCAAGAAGUCACUCUCCCCAGCGGAGAGACUGUCAAUCUUGACCAGACGAAAAAGACCCUUCAUGUCCCGCUGCCCAAAUUCCGGCUGCCGGACCCUGCCGACUUAUACAGCGUCCAUCCAGCUCCUGGGCACAGCGCUCAUGCGCGGACGCUGGCCAAUGUGGUUUUCAGCCAACCCACGACUCCCUGGGAGCGGGAAAUCCCCCUUGAGGAAAACCUUAAGAAAGAUCUUGGCUCCAACAAGCUGCCAUACAUGGCUGUCUUGACCUUUUCGGACGAAGAGUUGAUCUUGGAGCCGGAGGCAUACAAGGGCUUUGGGUUCAUCGAAGACUAUGAGUUGUCAACAGAGUAUGGCUCUGUCGUCACCUCAGCGUCUAGACCCACCAAAUCUGAUUUUCCAAUCAAGUCAGUCCUAAAUGCACCAGGGGCAAGCAAUGACUUUAAUCUCGAUGAUCACCUAUCCCUGCUGGUUCUCGACUUGAAGAUAUUCAAGAAAGUCUUCACGGCGUACAACGGCGACAACCAGCCAGUCUGGAACGGGAAAGCCGACUUGUCAAAAUUCGCAUUCAUGGCAUCGACGCAAGAUAGCGGUAGUGGUUUCACGGCGAGCUCUUUCGCAGACGACGACGGCGGCGAGGCGAAUAAACCGCACUUCUCCAUCGUUGUCAGUCCUCGGACGGGACCCCCAGGGAUAUCGGCACCAACGCGUGUCGUCUCUCAUCUCAUCUCACUUGAGGACGUCGACAAGAUCGCAGUCUCAGCCGACGAUGUCACCGGCCAGUAUGUUGGCUUGGUAUCUCUGCACUCAUGGGAGUGGAAUGCCGUUCCAGAUGGUGCAGACGACUUUGGUGAGAUUAUGAUACACUUGGGCAAGACUAUUCAUUCUCUCGUCGGUCCCGUUAGCGACCAAGUCAAAGCAGGAUCUUCUGAAGCAUUAGUUUGGUCAAAAGCCAGAGCUGACGAGGGCUAUGUCCUGAAGGCGCAUACAGACCUUACAGGAGCGCAGACCAAUGUUCUGAUACGAGGUCCGCUGAUCCCCGUUGCACCAAGCGAGGACCCGCCUAAUGCCUUUUCACUCUAUGGUGAGGGCCUUGCGCGGUUCGACAAGGAGACGGAGAUUCCAGACGUCUCUUACAAGUCAGCGUGGACACUUGGUCGAUCCAUGAUGAUGGCUGACCGAGCUGUGAGCGCAAGUCUACUUCGUCUAAGGGGCAACAUCCACGCCGAGGCCGUUCGCCGAGCAAAGGCAAAGGCCCUCUCCCAAAAGGGCUACGACAUCCUCAGCAGCAGGGAGACUUAUCUUAUUGGCUUGGAAGACGCAGUCAACCAUCUGAAGGACGCCCAAAACAUAAGUGGUCUUAACAAUGGGAAAAUCGCUGUAGAUCGAUGGGCUCGCCCCGACAAUUCCAAUCUUCCCAUCAUGCGGUUAUCAAACGACACUUCCUACUCCAUCGCCGACUAUGAGAAAGAAGUCAACCAGGUCACCCUGCACAUGUUUGGCUACGAGUCCAAAGACGCAGAGGGAAACCCUGUCCCAGUACGCCAGAUCGACCCUGACGCAGCUACCAUCCGCGCCUGGGCUGUCGAUCGUUUCCUCCUUGCCGGUGUUCCAAUGCACAGCCUCAUUCUUGACCCAGCAAUGCUUCCUGAAGAGUCCAUCCGGACCUUUUGCGUCGACAAUAUCUGGAUUGACUGGCUCGUCGACGGCGGACUGAGUCUCGCGAACCACUUUGCACGUGAUGACGACGCUAUCCGAAGAUCCUUCAAGGGAUGCAUCAACACGUAUCUCAACACUCCCAUGGAUGGUGGAACUAUUCCUCAGCUGCCACGUUGGGGGUUCCUCAUGCGCAGCACUGCUGUCAGUGCGUUUCCAGACCUCAAAGUAGAGGCACCACUUCCGAAAGGGGCACCUGAAAAUGCCCGUCAAGUUCAAUACAUGCAAGUCUUGGCUGAGGACAUCCUAGUGUGCCUGUUCGAUCGCCUCCCAGGCGAAGCAGAGUUCAGCUACAUCCGUAUCAGUCAGCCACAUCAUCAGCAGGGCUUCUGUCUUGGCUCAACCCUGUCGGAACACAAACUGCAGGUGUUCCAUCGCCCACUGCCGAAAAAGGCAGGCCCAAAUGUUGGCACCGCGGUUGGCAAGACUUUCGAAGAUACUGAACCAGUUCUUGGUUUCGACUUCACAGCUCACAUGCUACGGCCAAAAGCGUACAUGAGCCUUUACCAUGAGGCUAUCAAGGGUAUUGAGGGCGCUUACACGGAAGCGUCUGAGUCAUCGUCGCUGCUUGCCACACAGCUUAGGACCUACAAUUUGCGACUGGACCUGAAGGUGAAGGAUGAUCAAAGCCAUGCUGUUUCAAAUUCAGAUCGGUGGACAAAAGCAGCAUUCAACCUUUCCACAGGAUCGAGGCCGGAACCAGGCAACGAGACGUCUGAAAAAGAGUCGGGAACUCCUAAGCCUGUCGUUCGAGCCCUUCCCAGUGGCAAUUCCGCUUUUCCAACUGGCCCAAGACGUCAAGUUCGCCCUCCCAUCUCUCCGUAUGACUUUGAGGUGAGGAGGGUCAUGGAGGAAACGUCUCAAACACUUCACGAGCUUGAGUCCAGAAGCCCACUCCCAUACUCAGCGACUCCUCUACAUGUCAACUGUUGCCUUUGCUAUGAGCCAGGAGACACCAGCAACGUGAUUUAUGCCCCAGAGACGCCGACUGAUCUCAUCUUCAACAUCAGCACCGAAGAGUCCAGUGGCCUUCCAGCCGAGGUGGAACUUCGCAUACCCGUCGCCCUGAGCUCAGGGUUAUACCCUCCCGGCGUCAAAAAUGGAGGUCGCGGUGUGCUUGUGAUCCAAGGCACUGGAGAUCAGCCGAUAUUGCCUGCCCUAGAGGAUCUAAGCCCCAGUCAGUGGUGGUCUCAUACUCCCAAGCUCGCAACGUCGAGCCUCUACUCUUUCAUCCCGGAAGCGCUCCCUGAUGAGGGCGAGCCUGUCCCUAUGGAGGCUGGGAAACUCGUCAUGCUCAUCAUCAAAAUCAAGCCACGGUUUGAAGGCCUGGUUGCUUCUCAGUCGACGUCGUUAAAGACAUCGUUCAUUCUACGAGGCGUCACUUUCCUUCUACCCAAGUCGGACUCUACUACUGAUUGGCCUGUUGGGCCAUCGAGGAAUGCACGAUUCGACGUGCUGUGGCAGCCAAGCAGCCCUGGCGGACAGACCAGUGUACGGACAACCCAGCUGACAAUCCGAACCGCCAGCAUUCCCACCCUUGGGGACGAGAAGAUCACGUUCAACCUGAACACACAGACUCUCCACCUCCUCUUCUUCUUGUCUCGUGUCCCUCCCUCGGGAUCCAAAGCCCGCCUUAUCGUCACACGACAAGGUGCCGGCAAGCCGUUCAAGGAGACCUUUGAGCUUCCGAGCAAACCAGAGUAUAAUGAGGAAUACCAAAGCUACCCGUAUUCCUUCGACAAGGUCAUCUCUAAGCUCGGAUAUUUUAUACCUCGCGAGACGAGAGUAACAAUCGUUUCCCCUGACAAUGGGCACAUGCUAGGCCCAGACUCGGUGCCAUUUGUGUUCCGACAGGUCCCAAGCAGAGAAUACCUCCAAGGCUCAUUCUCCUAUUAUUGGGCCAAGGGCCACGUGUCGAUAAUAUGGCCACCGCCGCCCAGCACCGAACAUGUGCCCCUUAAACACGAGAUUGCCAUAAUUAGCCGACUGGAAGAAUCAAAAGCGCCACUCGUUCGCGAGCCAAAAGACGAUGAAAAAGAGAUUGUCCGCUUCUGGGACAAGGAACUCGAAGAAUACGGGAAUGGAAGCUUGGGGCUUAAAGUCAAGGUGACCAUCACGGUGGAGAACACCUCGAUCAGUGGAACUGCGGCCGAGUGGGUGGCAACUCUCACUUCAAAGCCAGAGGUAACAGAAAACGGCAUGGCUGUGACGACAGAUCUGAAGGAUCCCAAUCCAGCUAUCCCGUUUUCCGCCAGCCGGUUCGCGAGCAUGCGUUUCUGGAGCGAGUCAGGGACAGCGGGUUUCAAGACUGACAUGUGGUACUGGAGAGAUGGCAAACGCCUCGCUGGAAUCCGAUGGAACGCUUCAGAGGAAACAGCACACGAAGAAGCUGGCCCCAAUGUCCCAGCGUCCAAGCCUGACCUCACGGGAGCGGGUGCCCUUGCCGUGAUCCAGAUGCACCAAGAUCGACGGUUCAAGAUUGUUUGGAUCGGCAACGACGGUAGCGUCAAUCUCUGGUCACGAGAGAAUGAGGGAAUGGGACCUGAAAAUUGGAGUUACAGCGUCCUUGCGCCUCCUGGCAGUGCAUCGACGCUUGGCGGAGGGUGCUUGGCUGCCUGCGGUGAAGUGCCAGUCAGGGAGGCUCGACCACGACGCAAUCCCGUCAUCUGGUGGAUCGGUCCACGGGGAGAGAUAUUCGGGCGCCGAGCUGUACCUGACGGUGACAACUCGGAGCAAUGGGUCGAUCUCGAGCCAGGGGCUUCUCUUCCAGCCGGCAGUGUCGACGUCAGCUCCUCACUUUCGAGGCCGGCGCAAAUGGCGACUACAUGGAUGUAUGACUCUCGCAAGGAGGACGAGGCAGCGUAUCUCUUCUGGAUUCGCUCAAACGGGGACCUUAUGGGGACAUGCUCGUACACGCCAUCCCGCGAAACCAAUCCUUCCUUAACAGGGACCGCCAUCGCAUAUCGUAAUGUUGGGGCGGCACCCAGUACCUCGGUAACUGCGUUUAUUGGGAAUGGAACCGGCAGCAAUGGUCCAAUGGAUGCAAAGGCCUACGUGCUCUGGGUAUCGACUGAUGGGUCCCUCUGUCUUGGCUCCACGGGAGAUGUCAACUGGAUCUUUUAUGGAAGUAGUUGGGACCCCAUCACCCGAAUUGCUUCACCAGGUUGCGCGAAUCCCCUCUCUGAUCUGUGUUUCCUGGGUCACUCGUCAAACACAGCGGCGGGAGUGGUAUGGGCGGACUACAAGGGUAAAUUGCAGCUUGCCUGGGCUAAAUCCGUACCUGGAGCUUUUGGUCGGAAUGAGUGGUCACCGUGGGGAUGGAAGGAGUUUGAACUCUAUAUGCCAAGCGGGCAGGCUCCAAUAAUUGCGAGAGCCGAAGCGUCUGACGCUCUCGGUCGUAAUCUGAUUUGCUUUCCUGCUGGGGGAGGGAAGUGGAAUACUUGUACUGUUGACCUGAGCUCGAUAAAGCCAUGA